GCGCCACACAAGAGCCCGGACUGGGAAUGAGACUCGGCUAAGUGCGCGAGAGCGUCGUACCUGGUCCAACGAGCCGAGGACGCUGUCAACCGCCGACAAAGUAGCAGUUUAACUGGAGAAAAGAAACACAUGUCAUUUAAAGUGAGUUUUCUUUUUUUAAAGAACCGGGAUUUAAUAAGUGGGCGCGAGACGCGAGUGGAGCCGUGGCACAUGUGAAAUGACACCGAUAAAGAUGGAUUAAAACUGCGGGGACGAUAACGGAAUAACCCAGUAAGGAGUGACUCCAGAGCCGACGGGAAUGGCGUGAUUUCGCACCCCGGGAGAGAGAGACACUACUGUCAAGAGGCACUCAUGUUUCCGUGGAAGAGAAAGAAAGUUUGCUGCGCUUCACCCGGAUACAACUCGACUUUCUGAGAGGCUUCGCUGCUGUGACUUAACUUCUCACCCCCCAGCGGCAGAGCCCGCCGGUUGACUUUUUGUUCGGCUCUGAAACUGUUCACCAUGUCCAACCCCGCGCUGAAGAAGAACCACUGGACCUCCAGAGUGAGCGAGUGCUCCGUCUCCAAAGAUGCCCGCGGCGACGUGAACGUGCCGCUGCGCGGCGGAGCGGAGAACGGGGAGUUCGCCUACAUCGGGCAAGUUGGCGAGGGGGUCGCGCUUCACAUUGGGAACAUAAACGAAGGAGAACUACUGCUGGAGGUGGAGAAUCUUUCGAUUUCGGGAUUACCCUUGUACGACGUACAGACCGUGAUAAAAAACUGCAAAGGUCCCGUCAAGUUGAAAACUGUCAGGCAAGGAAGCAAGCUGAACAAGGACCUGAAGCAUUAUCUGAGCCAGCGCUUCCAGAAGUCCUCGCCGGACCACGAACUGCAGCAGACCAUCCGAGACAACCUGUACCGCCACGCCGUGCCUUGUACAACCCGCACCCCUCGUGACGGAGAAGUUCCUGGCGUGGACUACAACUUCCUCUCAGUGGAGGACUUCCUGGAGUUGGAGAAGAGUGGGACCCUGUUGGAGAUCGGAACGUAUGACGGAAACUAUUAUGGGACGCCCAAGCCACCGGUGCAGCCCCCCAGUGGGAAAGUAAUUAACAGUAGCGGUAGCGGCGGUGAUGCCCCACUGCCCGACGGGCUCAGCGGUAGCCUGCCGGGCUCGCAGCACUCCACUCCCCGACGCCGCAAGUUCUACAAUGACAUGCACAAUGCUGGAAUAGGGCCUGGAGAGCAGCAGGAGGACGACGAGGACCUCCCGGACAUGAACAGUAGCUUUACAGGAGAUUCUAGUGAAGUAGACGACAUUCCUCACUCGGUGCACCCCUUCGCCCCCCCUACGCGCAAGAGUGACCCGCCCUACGUUGGGAGGACCCCCUCGCCAUCGGCCACCACGGAGAGCACUGAGCAGUCACACUCUUACCUGAGCCAUCCUCCCCCGGAGGAUCCUCUGGGAACUCUGCCCGACAACUGGGAGAUGGCCUACACCGAGAACGGAGAGGUCUACUUCAUCGACCACAACACAAAGACCACCUCCUGGAUAGACCCUCGGUGCCUGGAAAAGCCUCAGAAACCCCUGGAGGAAUGUGAAGAUGAUGAAGGGGUACACACGGAGGAGCUGGACAAUGACCUAGAACUUCCACCAGGAUGGGAGAAAAUAGACGAUCCGGUGUACGGGGUCUACUACGUUGAUCAUAUCAACAGGAAGACCCAGUAUGAGAAUCCAAUGUUGGAGGCUAAGAGGCGCAGGCAGCUGGAGCAGCAGCCUCAGCAGCCUCAGCCCCAAAGCCAGCAGCCACCCGAAGAAUGGAUCGAGGAUUCGGCGUUGGCGGGGGCCCCACUGGCCAGCUAUGCUGCCAACCACCAGGAGACCUACAGGGACCCUCAGAAAGGACCUCCGAUGCCCAACGCCAUGGGGCAGAAACGAGGGAAGCCUUUCUUUACCCGGAACCGAUCCGAGCUGAACGGGACUUUCAUCAACACCAAGCUGAAAAAGAGUCGUCGGGGGUUCGGCUUCACUGUUGUGGGAGGCGACGAGCCAGACGAGUUCCUGCAGAUCAAGAGCCUGGUCCUGGAUGGACCGGCUGCCCUCGAUGGCAAAAUGGAGACAGGUGACGUGAUCGUGAGCGUCAACGACACGUGUGUGCUGGGCUACACCCAUGCCCAAGUUGUGAAGAUCUUCCAGUCCAUCCCAAUCGGCUCCAUGGUCAACUUGGAGCUGUGCCGCGGCUACCCGCUGCCCUUUGACCCCGAUGACCCCAACACUAGCAUGGUUACCUCGGUGGCCAUUAUCGACAACAAAGACCCGAUCAUCGUCAACGGCCAGGUGGCCUCCAACAGCUACAACUCGCCGUCCAGCCACGGCGGUCACAACGUCGGCUCGACCAACGGCGGGGCACCCCUCAACGGCCUCCCCCGUUCCUACAGCCCCUCGGCGGAGAUGGCCUCCGAUACCUCCUCCCAGCACGGCUACCACAACGAUGUGGUCAACCUGGCCUCGUCCAUCGCGACGCAACCAGAGCUCAUCACUGUGCACAUGGAGAAAGGAGACAAGGGCUUCGGCUUCACCAUCGCCGACAGUCCCGGGGGCGGAGGGCAGAGAGUGAAGCAGAUCGUGGACUACCCGCGCUGCCGUGGCCUCAAGGAGGGCGACAUCAUCGUGGAGGUGAACAAGAGAAAUGUGCAGAGCAUGUCGCACAACCAGGUGGUCGACCUGCUCAGCAAAUGUCCCAAAGGCAGCGAGGUCACCAUGCUGGUGCAGAGAGGGGUGGCACCUGCAAAGAAGAGCCCAAAACUGGAUGAUUAUGAGCGGGCUCCACCGUACAGAGAUUACACUAGGAGGCAAUUGUCGAGAAAGGACAGUCAGAACAGCUCCCAGCACAGCGUUUCCAGCCACCGGAGCACCCACACAGACUCGCCCUUGCACCCUACCCUGGCGCCGCCGCUCAGCGAGAGCAUCGCUCCCCCGCCACCCUCUCAGCCCCUGCCAGGCCUGCCUCCCCAGGACUCCCCAGCAGACGGCACCAUCCAAAGAAAACCGGACCCCUUUAAGAUCUGGGCCCAGUCCAGGAGCAUGUAUGAAAGUAGGCUUCCAGACUUCCAAGAGCAGGACAUCUUCCUGUGGAGGAAGGACACGGGGUUCGGCUUCAGGAUCCUCGGAGGGAAUGAGCCCGGAGAGCCGAUCUACAUCGGCCACAUCGUGAAGUUCGGCGCCGCAGACGAGGACGGGCGUCUGCGCUCCGGCGACGAGCUGAUCAGCGUGGACGGCACGGCGGUGGUGGGCAAGUCGCACCAACUGGUGGUGCAGCUGAUGCAGCAGGCCGCCAAGCAGGGCCACGUCAACCUCACUGUGCGCCGCAAAGCCAACUACGCCGUUAAAGCAGAGGGAGAUGUGCCUCCAUCGCCGGCGUCCUCCCACCACAGCAGCAACCAGGCGCCCAGCCUGACGGAGGAGAUGGGGAAGCGCACCCCACAGGGCAGCCAGAACUCCCUCAAUACCGUGAGCUCCGGCAGCGGCUCCACCUGCAUCGGCAGCGGGGGAGGGGGCGGAGGGGCGGGCGGCAGCGGCAACGCCGUGGUGGCCUCAGCGGUCCGCCCCUACGACGUAGAGAUCCGCCGCGGCGAGAGCGAGGGAUGUUUCGUCAUCGUCUCGUCGGUGUCGCGGCCCGAGGCUGGCACUCUUUUCCCUGGCAAUGCAUGUGUGGCCAUGCCCCACAUAGGGCGCAUCAUUGAGGGCAGCCCAGCGGACCGCUGCGGGAAGCUGAAGGUCGGUGACCGCAUCCUGGCUGUGAACGGGGUCUCCAUCACCAACAAGUCGCACUCUGACAUCGUCAACCUCAUCAAGGAGGCCGGGAACACCGUCACACUACGCAUCAUUCCUGAGACGUCAUCAAAUGCGUCUUUGUUGACCAAUGCGGAGAAGAUCGCCACAAUAACGACCACUCACACAUCUCAGCAGCUGGCUGCACCCGAGGCCAGGAACAACACCAAACCAAAACAGGAAUCGUUUGAAUUCAAAGCACCGCCAGGGCCUCCUCCUCAACCCCCGACACAAGUCUCCACUCAGGAUUCUGAGUUUUACUCCGUAGACCUGGACCGAGACAACAAAGGCUUUGGCUUCAGCCUGCGGGGGGGCAGAGAAUACAACAUGGACCUGUACGUGCUGCGGCUAGCUGAGGAAGGAGCAGCUGUCCGCAACGGGAAGAUGAGGGUCGGCGACGAAAUCUUGGAGAUCACGGCGAGAGGCACCAAGGGCAUGAAGCACGCGCGAGCCAUCGAGCUCAUCAAGAGUGGAGGCCGGCGCGUCCAUCUGGUGCUCAAGAGGGGUGAUGGCUCUGUGCCGGAAUAUGGUGGGUCAAUCUACGAAAACAUUCCCUUCUCCCCCAUCUUCACGCCCUGAGCCAGGGGACACCCAGUGGACGGUGGUGGGUCGAAGGGGAAAGAACUAUAUUACCCUCCCAGGACCCUUCACCCUUCCCUGGGACAAACCCACCAGGGAGGGGGAAGGGGUUGGUUGGUCUUGGGUCUCUUUCUGGUGGAGGUCACUACUGGGCUUUGGGAUUUUUUUUUUCGGGGAGGGGGGGGGGGGGUGGUGGAGCAGGUUGCUCCCCCUCCUGCUGUCACCUGCUCUCAUUGUCCAUGUCAUCCCCGCUGUCACUUUUCACCUUCUGGCCACUGAGCAAAAGCACUCUGCUGGGACUUUACAGGAAGGCGGUGGUCUGAUUCCAGCUCCAUGAAAGCAGAAGCUGUUUACAAAGUUUGAGUGACCAGAGUAGUAAGACGUCCGUGUUCCUCGUGAGUAAGAGGGCUCCACAUCCUCAUCAAACACGUAUUUGGCGUUAAGAGGAGAAGGAAAACUUGAUUCUUUGCAUCCCGUGAUAAAAUGGGACCUCUCGCAGCUUUUGGUUAGGACGCGACACAAACGUAUUUAUGAUAUUUAUUGAAGGUGAAUGUAAGCUACUGAACUCUUGAGGGUUGUAAGGUGAGAACUGUAUUGAAAAGAAAAGGCAAUCUGAUGCUCUUUUUUUUGUUAGAGGAACAUCUCACGAUACUGUGCUUGACAUUACUCACUAAUCCAUGGAUUUUAUUUGCACCCACACUGUUAAUGUCAUUGAAAAGCUGUGAUGAUAGGAACGCCGCCCAUCCCCAUUCAGAGACUAAAAGACUCGCUCCAAUUCUAGAGACGUUUUGUACAGUGAUGAAAAGAAUAGAGGCAUUUUUACAAGUAUUUUUGUUCUGUGUACAGAGCCAUGAUCAAAGCCACAUAUUAAUGGAUAAAAGUCUAUUGCUGCAUGAACUUGUCAAAAGUGUAAAUUGAAUUUUUUUUGUUUUCCUUCUAUUGUCUAUUUUCCAUAAUAUUUAUGGAACCUUUUUUUUUUUUCUUCUUUUUUUUUUUCCGUACUGACCAGUUUUGAUUGAUAGUCACGAGUCAUCUUAAAUGUUUUCCUUUUUUUCAGUGGAGUCUUGCAAAGUUUGUCAAUGUCAUUUUAUUUGCGCUAAGAAUGUGCCGUCUUAACCUGCACCGAUAUGACAUCAUGUGAACUUGUAUAUUUUGGAUCAUUGUUUGUACUUUUUAGUUCAGCAUUUGACAGUCUUGCCAGUAUUUCUUUUUGAUUUCUGUCAGCAAUGUGAAAGGAACUGCUUCAUACGCUGUUGUUGUGGCUGUGAGUCUCACUGUCUUUAUGGUUUUGGUUUCUGGGUUUCUGCUGCUUCUUUGUCCACAUGUUUAGGUGUGUGUGGGUUACUAUGUCAGAGUGUGUGUGUGUGUGUGUGUGUGUGUGUGUGUGUGUGUGUGUGUGUGUGUGUGCGCGCGCGCUUGGUUCUAGGACUUUUCUCUGUAACUGAGGGGUUCCACUGAAGGGUUUGGGCAAUUUCCUGGACUGUCUCUUUAUUCUGAAUGACUCAAUGAUCAAAUAAACACUUUUUUUUCAUUGAAAAAUCCACACAAUAAUUCUCCUUUUCUUCCUUCAAGUUGGUUGCGAGCGAUCUAAACCCUGUGCUCUUCUCUUUCUUUCCUCCCGUAUUGCACUGGGCUCUUG